AUGCCAGCUCUCCGUCUGCUCACAGUCGCCAGUGCCUCGCUCUUCCUCCUGGCAAAAGCUAGCGGGAACCCGUCUCAGGCAACGGGAGAACAAACAGAAUAUGCAGUCACACUUGAUCAUGAGGGCGCAUGUCUCUCCGAGAUCAACGCAGCUCGUAAGAAGGCCGGUUUCAACGACUUCAUUGUCGCUAAAACCGGCGAUGCUGUUACGCGGCUCCCUGCAGCUGGAAGCCCGGAUGAAGACGACGAAGCAGAGUGGGUUUGGCAGCCCGUUUGCGAUGUCUUAUUACCAGAAGAAGCGGCAAGCAAGACGAAGAGCAGCCCCGUAGACUCUGGAAAAGAAUUUGCCAGCGGUACAUACGCGUUUCAGGUCGUCGAUGCGAAUACCCCCGACUGCACUGCCGUAGUAGAAAAGUGGAAGGAUGCCUACAGCAACAUCAAUGCUUUGCCUCCACCGAAAAAGGAUAGCGAGGAUUUUUAUACCAAUCAGGACAAUGACAAUGUAUCCUUCGUGGCAAUAUAUAACCCUUCAAAGAAUGCUACUGCUGACUGCCGAGUCGUCACCUGCACCAAAAAGGUCUCCCCAGGGCCGGGGCCGGCACUGGCUGCGGAUGGAAGCGCAACAAAAGAAACAAAGGGCUUUGCCUUGAUUUGCAUGACGACGCCUGACGUUCUUUCGGAGAAUAGUGAAACUGCUCCUUUCACAGAGGAGCAGUGGGGGCAAAUCGUAACCGCUUUGGAAGGCUCCGCAUCGGCUAUAUUGCCCAGUACGCUUGGCCUUGCCGCAGUAUUCCUUGGCGUCGCUGCAGCACUAUGA